AUGGCUAUUAUGGAAUCACUCCACUAUCAACAAACAAUACAUUUCUCUAAUCUAUUAUUACUGGCUUUUUAUCUCUGUAGUACACUAAAAGACCCAAGCAUUAUAAAACCUCCCUAUACAAUCCCCUGCACAUGUCCUGAAGGCASUGGGCUUGCUGGUGCAAAGCCGUCAUGUAAACCCUGUGAUCCAGGAAYAUUUAGUGCUGGAGGUGAACAUAUUAGUGAAUGGGGAAGUUGGGCAGACAAUGGAACCAUUCCACCAMCUCAAUCAGGAAUAACUACAUUUUGUGAUACCUACCGUAGCUAUGUCAAGCCAUGUGAACACUGGAAAGCUAGCUUCUUUAAUGACAGCAUUGAGUCAGGUGAAAAUUCAAAGACAAGGUGUAUGACCUCAACCCUUUUGAUGAAAAAGCAGUUUGUUGGUCCSGAGAAUUACGUCGAAUUCACCUACAGAGURGAAGGUCGUAAAUGCUACAAUAACUAUGCAGGAUGCGAUGGUUUGGCAUUUUUCGUUGAUGGCAAGCUAGUUAUGAAAUACCGAGGCAAUCAGCUUGUAUGGAAGACAGUGAGGUUCAAUGUUUCAUCAGUACGUAACAUGGGCUGGAGACCAGCUGGAAGCCACAUUCGUACCGUCCGUGUCGUAGGGGACGUUGAUUCCUUCAUACAGACAGACAAAUACGAAGUUGUGUCCAACAUCGCUUAUAUUGCGUUCAAUUGCUCUAUUCUGUGUAAUAUGUCUCAACCUGUAAGCCGUCUCCAAGGCAACCACUUGGCAGAUAUUAACUACUGCAACUUAGUCUUUGAAGUUUGGGCCAAUGAUAGUCUAGCAGAUCAAGUCAAUUGUACGAAACCUAAAGGAAAGUACGUUUAUAAGCACGAACGAAAACGCGAUGGAAGACCAGUAGGUCACAAGUAUGAUCUUAAAAGGGGUACCAGCUAUKAGUUCAGGUGGUUCUUUCAUCAAGAGGAUGAAUUGAAGUCUGUCUCUUCUGCCUUCGAAGCCAGGAUUUAUAAUAUCAGUAUUGUGGGUGUCAGAGGUGGCUCAGCUAUAGCCUGCACACCCUGUGCUAGCGGAUAUUACAGUGUCGCUGAUAACAAUGACUGCCGAAUUUGCCCGAAAGGAACCUACAGUAAAAGGGGAUCAAGCAAGUGCUUGAAUUGUAAAGAAGYWUACUUUUCAGACGCACCCGGUAGCGGKGAGUGUCUUGCUUGCGGCGCCACGACAAAAAGUCUACCAACUCGCGACGGWUGUACCAAUAAUGGCUGCUCGUAUUCCUACAAGGACGCUGGUUUAGAGUACGAUUUUUCCCGGCUCUCGCGCGUCAAUGGCUCAAUGUUUAAUGUGUUGAGCUAUCAAGUAGGUAGUCCAGGUUUCUCAAGAAUGGCCAUUAAAAUCGGCCGUCCGCGAAGGACGACACCUGCGCGMCUUUCGAUCUGGCCUCCUUACAGACCAUCCUUUUACUUGAACCUGUGUACAGUAUUCCAUGACAAUACAUCGUGUACGACUCGCCAAKUAGGUCGAGGUCCACGCAAGAGUCUUCCUGUCAUGGGCUGUCGUGCGAGUUGGUGGAGUCUUCAAGAUAAAAGCAUUGGACGUGUCAUUGGAUUCAAGCCUAAGAAAGACCCGGCUAGCGGUGUCAUGGUAGAGUUACUUCAUGGUGAUAUAUGUCAUAAAAACACCAGAUACAACGCGACUAUUGAUCUUGUUUGCGACGUCGACGCUGGCGUUGGUACUCCAGGACCUGAGACCAACCACACUCAGAUCUUCAGGCCACCCUGUUCUUAUUACUUUAAAUGGAGAUCGCUUUAUGCAUGUCCAAAGUGUCGAAAAGGAGACCUCGAGAAAGUCACCCAUCCGUGUAUAAACGGAACUGCUCGUGUAACACUUGAACGCAGGUUCCCUUGCUGGGGAAAGUUGGAUGGCAUGGAGGUCGGAGAGACAUACAUUAACUGCACGUCUUUCGGCGGCGGAAUUAGUCAUUUKGCUAAGGUGAAAAAAAUCGUCGAAGUACAACAAACCGUCAACAAAGUACUGAUUGGAGUUGGAGUGGUCGUUAUUGUCGCAUUGCUAGUCAUCGCUGGAUACUUCUUCUACAAGCAUCGCGAUAUCAAGUUCAAGUAUUACCACACGCUAGCNAGAAACAAGCCCAUGAGUAGACUGGAGGAGGAAGAAGAGGAUUUUGGACAAGUUGAGGGCGACGUAUUUAAUGACACGCGCACUAUGAUAAACAGCUGAUUGGUCUCCUUUUGGCAGACAAGCGAAAAACAAUUGGAAGAAGUGUGAUUAACAGUUGAGAGAAACAGAAGAGAGGAACAGAAGGACUUGAGAAUACUUAUACUCUAGAAAUUCUGACACAGGAAUCAUACACCAGGUAUCGUAAUAAUAUUGCAAGGCCAAUUUACACGGUACUUGUACUGCUGUCAGACUUGUCACAGAUGUUCACGAUUUAUUGCUAAUUCGACGCAUCUCAUAAAACAACGUUUUUGCUAAAGUAAAUCGUUUUGAUCUCAUCGUGCAAUAAAUCUUGGACAUUCAAUUGACAAUUCUCUAACAUUCCAGUGCAAGCCGACUUAGCCUCGAACAUAUGUGAAAUUGAUUGGAUAUUCUAAAGUUUUCUAUCCGAGGAACGAGGCUAUUCCAGCCUGUACUGUAUUUUUAAGAGUAAUCAAUACAUUAUCGACACAUCGUACAUUAUCAAAAUACGCAUUUUCUAAUCUGCUUUGCCUUAGAGCUAAAAGUUAUUAAGCACGUCAGAAGUGUCUAAGAGGAAAUAUAACACCUGCGUAUCGUACUAUUUUUAACUCAUUUUGUGUUUUGUUGAACUCCCGCGUGCUCAAUAUCACUUCUUGGUUUUACAAACACUAAAUAUGUUAAUCACACUUUGCAUUUAAUGGAUUAGCACUAACAUUGUYGAAUAAACAGAUUCAAUAUGUUUAUAAGCCGAAGGGAAAUACCAGUCGAGUAUUAGACACGCCUAUGUAUAACCUACGUUGGAUCUCUUUUAGUGGGCGCGGAAAUAACCACAAAGCACGUUCUACGCAUCUCUCUUAUUAUAAAGUUCUGAAACCAGUUGUAUGAAGUUUUGAUGAAGUUAGCUAUCAUAUUUGUAAUUUGUUUUUUAUUUCUUAUUUUACUUUUAUUGUGGUCAGUUGCACACUGAAAAUGCUACCUUAAUGAAAUCCACGUUGUAAGGGGUUGUGUUUAUGGCGCACAAAUCAUUUUUAAUAACGAUAUUCAACAAUGCAUUUCGUAUGAGGCUUCCUCCACAUGUCAAUCAGUAUACGGCGAUAACUUAGAGUUUGAUAAUGGGGAUCCAGMUAAACCAUGUAUAUGGAUAAAAACCUGAUUUUUAACUGGUUUAUCCAGGGGUUAGUGGUCAAUCAAGUUUUAAACAAGCCUGCUCUGAAAAUUUAGGUUCACGUUAUUUGCACAUGUGWAGGUAGACUCUUAGUUCCUGUUUACAUYAGACAGGGUGCCCCUAGGUGUAGAGACAAACUCUUUUGUUUUCGAUCCUCCAGGGAAAAGAAAACAAAGGAGUUGGCCCUGCCACGUAGGGGCACCGUAUCUCAUCUAAACAGGGCCUUAAUUACAGGCGAAAAGGCAUUUAGGCCUUGRAGCUUCGAGGAUCUUUUAAUUUAGAACUUAGUACAUAAUAUGAAAUAAUUUCUUAAAGUAUUUMAUGUCGUGUUUUAUUUAUCACCCUAAUUUAAUGGAUUGUAGUUUUUUUAUAAUUUUAUUCUAUAAAAUAAACUGUUCACCACGUG